UUUAGCGGAGACGCUCACGUAUGCCUCACACCCGUUCCCAAAAAUUUAGAUCAGUCAAUUUCGUUCGCGUAUCUUUCAACACGAUCCAGUAGGCCAUGCAGCGCACGGUUUCCACGGUAACGCGGGGCAAUUGAAAAUCCGGCCCCACGAAGACGACAUUGCGGCACACUUGAUUCGCGCGGUUAAAAAGCGAUCGGUUUGUACUAAAAAAAAAUCCGCGUUAAAAGGUUUUGUAAUAGUGCAGUUUUCUUUAUGACUAAAUUUUCCGAUUCGAAUUGAAUGAUAAACAAAAUGAAAGCAUUCGCGAUAAUUAUGCAGUGCCAGUUUCAUAAAGUCGAUUGAUGACAAUAACGGAUGGUUUUAGGUAUUUUAAAAAAAAUAAGAAUGAAAUUGCCUUCGAACUUGGUACAAUACCAAUAUCUGCAACAUCAUCCACUAACUUUAGUGGUCUUGAUAAGUAUUCUUGUAUCUCCAUCAUCGACCAAGGAUCAAAGGUAUAGCGGAAAUCGCCAUAAUGAAUUCAAAUCGAGACAAAAAAGGAUUCUCUGGGUGACAGAAGACGGAAGGUUGGCAUUACCUCCUGGAACCACCAUGGUUAUUACACCGUCAUUAUCAAUGCCGUUCGCUAGGUAUCCACCGGAGGGAUUUUUCUCGAAUUUAACUCUUAGUCUGCCAUUUACUAUUGAUUUCAACAAAUUAGGUUUAACAGAUAACGAAAAUCCCUAUGGGAUCCUGCCUCCCCUCUUAGCGAGAUCUAUGGGAAGAGCAGCUGGUGGGAUGUUGGCGAAUUAUAUCGCAAACAUAUUCGAGAGGCGCAGGGGGAAACGGUCAAAUUAUGAUUCACCGCCCCAAGUUGGUCAGUUUCAUGGGGGCGAACGAGCUAUACUCUAUGUGGCUGUGGAAGAAUUUUUGGAGAAUUUUGGCCUCGAUGGCAAGGCCUGUCUUCUCAGAGCCAUUUGCGAAGUACAAGCACACCCUAUGACUGGCUUUGGCAUGAUAGGCGAAAUACUUAAGCUUUUUUUAAGCGCUAGCAAAUCCCCGUUUUCAUAUAUGAUGAAAGAAUAUGUUGAUGCGGAAAAGGCCGGUAAAGGUGAAACGGGCGGACCUGCGGAAUGCUGGCCAUACAUGAAGGAUUGCCCAAAAUCUCUUUUUAUACGAAAACACAAUUAUUACAGUACAGGGCAAGAACACGAUUUAACUAGAGAAGAACACCGGUCAGUUACCAUUAACCCUUCGCUAAACGAAAUGUGAAAGAUAGUUGAAGUCCUGGUAUAGGAAAAUCCAUAUUUAAUUAUUUGGAAUAGAUUUAGA